GCUACUGCAGCACGUGUGUAAAAAGAUAACAAAAAUACAUGCGCAUGUUGUAUAGUCUUUUGUGUUUAGGUUAGUCUUUCUCAAACUUUUCACAGCUCUAUUUUCAUACCGGUUUGGAAAAAUGCCGCAACUUUUAUUUCAAUUUCAACACAAUGGGGUUUCCAAAGAUGGUCCAUUCCUGGAAACUUUAAUUCAUAUUUUAAAUCAGCGAAAAAUAACAUAUGAUGGAAUUCAGAAGCAUCAGCACAGCGAUGCAGUUAGUGUAGAUUUUUCAAGUCCAGAAGAAGCAAAGAAUGCUUAUAAAACAUUGGAUGGAAUGGAGCUCAUGGGAUCAUACUUGACUAUUAAACCUGGAAGAAGUGAAGAAAGCAGUGAAUAUGUUGAUAGAGAACAGAGAGAGCAGCAAAAUCGAACUCACUAUCAUAGAAGAAAAGAGGAUCAGAGCCCAAAUGGGUAUUCUGAGCAACGUAAUGACAGAAGAUAUAGAAACAAUGACCACUAUAAUACUCAGUAUAAUGAUCGAUACAACGAUAGAUAUAGCCAAUACAAUAUGAAGCAAACACCAACAGUAGAACAGUACCCCUGUAGGAUAUUAAUUCCAAGCGAUAUGGUUAAAGUUAUUUUAGGUAAAGCUGGUGCAACUAUAACCAGUAUCCAGGGUAAAACAAAUACAAAAAUUGACAUUCAUAGAGAUAAAGGUCCUAUGAGGGGACGUCCAUAUGAAGAUACUUUAACUACUAUCAAAGGGGAUCCUACUAGCUUUUCUGAUGCUAUAAAGGAGUUGCUUGUUGUUAUGCAAACUGAUUAUGAAAAACGAGAAGAAGACGAGUGUAAGCCGCUGCAGUUGAAACUUCUUGCACAUGAUUUACUGUGUGGACGAAUCAUUGGCAAGGCUGGUAAUAACUUAAAAAAAGUUCGCAAUGAUUCUGGUGUAACGAAGUUGAUUAUUUCAAAUUCAAUAUAUGAAGAAAGUAACCAGUUUUCACCUAGUGGUGUAAUGUGCACAGGUGAGCGUGUCAUCACGAUAGAAGGGACUGUUGAUGCUAUAUGUGCUGCUGAGGUAGUUCUAAGCAAAAGACUGAGAGAUUACAUGGAACGAGAUAUGAGCAACUCUGCAAAUAUGACGCCUGGUAUUGGUGGUGGAAUGGGUUAUUUUGGUGGAGCAGGAGGAGGAGCUGGAGGUGGAAUGAGUAACAGUUACAAUUAUCCGCCCAAUAUGAUGUAUCAAAGGUCACCCUAUGGUUAUCCAAAUAUGGCAUAUAUGGGUGGACAUGGCUACCCAGGGUAUAUAGGUGGUUACAAUGGAAUUCUUGGGCAUGGCUAUGUGCCCAAUCCUUUUGGUGGUAAUCUGGCACCCCAACCGCAAAGUAGCAAUGAUAAUGAGACAACAUGUGUUCUAAUACCGACGAAAGAAGUAGGCGCGAUUAUUGGGCGUAAUGGCGGAUAUAUAAAUCGUGUGAAACAGUACAGUGGCGCUCAAGUACGUGUUGUAAAAGGCGAAGAGGGGGGUGAAAGUAGAGUUGAAAUUACUGGACCGCCUGAUGCUCAAUGGAAAGCUUCGCUUUGUGUAUUCAGUAAGAUCAAAGAAACCAUGAAGGUACCAUACAGUGAGGCUCAACUGAGAACAGAGUACAUGGUCUCCGGUGAAUGUGUGGGACGAAUCAUAGGUAAAAAGGGUCAGGUCGUGCAAGAUAUUCAAGACAAAGCUCAAGCUGAUAUCGAAGUGCCGAAAGACAAACAAGGUGGAGAACAAGUACCUGUGUUUAUCACUGGCACGUUCAAUGGAACGCAGAUCGCUUUAAAUCGAAUUCGUGACAUUGUGCAUCGUGCUCAACAAAAAAGUACGUAGUGUGUCAAUCAAUCAUUUUUUUACCGCCAUAUUUUUCUGCCAUCUUUAAAAAUGUUGUUGUUCCAGUUGGAUGGGUGUUAUAUUUGAAACACUCGAUUUUUAAAAAGAUUUUUUAUAUAUGGACAGAGAAGUUCUCAAUUCCUUUUUUCUUUCAAAAUUUUUUUAAAGUAUUUAAGUCUCGUACUUACAUAAGAUAGUGCGCAUUUGUUGUUUUACGCUUUUCAUUUUCGCGUGUAGUUUUUGAUAUAAAUUUAGAGAAAAAACUAACGAACUUUUUAGGGUUUUUUUUCCAUUCUAUGAAAAAUUGCUACAUCGUAUUAUCUUAGCAAGCAUUUGUAUAUAUUUUCAAAAUUAAUUGCGUUCCUCCCUUACAUUGCAGUUUGUUGCUUCAAGUAACAGCGCAACUUUCGGUAAUAUCGCAUCUCAACGCGAUUUCCAAACUUGGGUUCUUUUUUUUCCAUUUUAAUUUUUGAUUAUUCAAUUUAAAUGUCUUGACUUACACACUUUUACCCAGACUCUUAUCUCUGGUUUGUUAGCGCGCCAGGACAGAAUAAUAAAAGAUCUGGGUAGGAGUUUGUUCCAUGUAUAUGAUGAUAUUUAUGUAUAUUUUAGUACCCGUAUUAUCUAUUAUUAUAAUUGUUAUUAUGGUAUAUUGGAAUUUAUCUUUCUUAAUGAAAGAAAGUUUAUUACCUUCAUGAAA